GGGCACGGUGGCCGCCGUCCGCGUGCACGAGGCAGGCGGGGCGGCCGUGGCCCCAAACUACGUUUCCCGGGGUGCUCCGCGCAGCGCGGCACCCGGAAGUGAGUGACGGAGGCGGGAGGUGCGGGGCGCCGCGGUGGAACUUGUCCGGGUGUUUCCUGGCGACGGGGGAAGUGAGGCUCCGCCGCUGCCGCGGACAGUAGGAGCCGCGUUUCUCCCCCUCCCCCCUCCCGGGCGCCUGAUCUACCAUGAGACCCGCUAUUUUCCUGCUCUUGCCUGAACCUGGCUGUGUCUUUCUUCUUCUGGUGUCUUGGCUUUUUAAUCCAACAAGAAGUGAAAUAACAAGUCUAGAUAGUGGAAAUAUAGAUGACAUUUUAAACAAUGCAGACGUUGCUUUAGUUAAUUUUUAUGCUGAUUGGUGCCGCUUUAGCCAAAUGCUUCAUCCUAUUUUUGAGGAAGCUUCCAAUGUAAUUAAGGAGGAAUAUCCAGAUAAGAAUCAAGUAGUGUUUGCCAGAGUAGACUGUGAUCAGCACUCGGACAUAGCUCAGAGAUACAGGAUAAGCAAAUACCCAACCCUGAAACUCUUCCGGAAUGGAAUGAUGAUGAAGAGAGAAUACAGGGGCCAGAGAUCUGUGACAGCAAUAGCAGAUUAUAUCAGGCAACAGAAGAGCAAUCCUAUUCAGGAAGUCCAGGAUUUGGUAGAAAUUAGUACUCUUGAUCGUAGUAGAAGAAAUAUUGUUGGAUACUUUGAACAAAAGGACUCUGACAACUACAGAACUUUUGAAAGAGUAGCAAAUAUUUUGCAUGAUGAUUGUGUAUUCUUGUCUGCAUUUGGGGCUAUUUCAAAACCAGAGAGAUUUAGCGGGGACAAUGUUAUCUACAAGCCACCAGGGGAAAAUGCUCCAGAUAUGGUAUAUUUAGGCUCUCUAACUAAUUUUGAUUUGGUUUAUGCAUGGACACAAGAUAAAUGUGUACCUCUAGUUCGAGAAAUUACGUUUGAAAAUGGAGAGGAACUGACAGAAGAAGGCCUUCCUUUUCUCAUUCUUUUCCAUAUGAAAGAUGACUUGGAGAGUUUAGAGAAAUUCCAACAGGAGGUUGCACGACAAUUAAUAAGUGAAAAAGGUACAAUAAACUUUCUCCAUGCUGACUGUGAUAAAUUCAGGCACCCACUCCUCCAUAUUCAGAAGACUCCAGCAGACUGCCCUGUUAUUGCCAUUGAUAGCUUUAGGCACAUGUAUGUCUUUCCAGACUUCAGUGACCUGUUAGUUCCAGGUAAACUGAAGCAAUUUGUAUUAGAUUUGCAUUCUGGAAAACUGCAUAGAGAGUUUCAUCAUGGCCCUGACCCAACUGAUGUAGCACCUGGUCAGCCAGUUCAGGAUUUAGCAAGCAGUCCACCAGAGAGUUCAUUCCAGAAACUAGCACCCAGUGAACAUAGGUACACCUUAUUGAGGGAAAAAGAUGAACUUUAAAAACUUGAAAUAAUCUUGCAAGCCUUUCAGAGAGCAGCAUUGACUUCUGUGUGGUGGAAAUAGUAAACCUAUAUUUUCAUAAUUCUAUGUGUAUUUUUAUUUUGAAUAAACUGAAAAAUAAUUUUUUUUCUCCCCAGGCUUGUAAAUACAUUUGUUUGGUGGGUCAUUCUGUACAGCAUCUUUCACACAGUAUGUUCCUAAAUGCUAUAGUAAAAUAUCAGAGACCCACCCAGACUGUAAUUCUGUUCUGUAAAACUUUUAUAAUCCAAAUGAAGGUAUCUUUGCCAGAGACAUGCUGUUAACUUGCACUAUUCCAUUAAAUAGGACUUUUGGAUUGUUUUCUGUCUAAUCUUGGUAGUAUGAGCUUUUUUCUUCCUCUUUAUGUGAACAGUUAUCUUGGUAAUCUAUUUCUUUGACACAUUUUUCUCCAACUUAUGAGGGUCUAUUCUGGAUACUUGGGAGGGGAAUAAAUUAAAGUUUUACAGAAUCUUG